AUGAGACUAAACGGAGAAUUUUCGAGCGGUGAAGAAGAAGAAGAAGUAAUGGAGAAAUCUGAGGUCGGUACGACGCCGUUUUUGGAACGGAAAAUUGUUGUCGGCUAUGCGUUAACGGCUAAGAAGAAGAAAAGCUUUCUUCAACCCAAUUUCAUUUCUCUUGCAAGGAGCAAGGGCAUAUACUUUGUUGCUAUUGAUGUGAACAAGCCACUGCAAGAACAAGGUCCAUUUGAUAUUGUCUUGCAUAAGUUGUCGGGAGAGGAAUGGCGUGAAAUUAUCGAGGUUUGUUUACUCGACACUCUUCAACUCACUUUUACAUUAGUUCUUGCUCUCCUCACCAUGAAUCAUGAUCGGAUGGUUGAAAUCGGUCCCCCAAUAUUCAAUCAAGAUUUCAGGCAAAAACAUCCCGAUGUAAUUGUUCUUGACCCCCCUGAUGCUAUUCAACACUUACACAAUCGCCAAUCCAUGCUUCAAGAUGUGGUGGAUCUAAACUUAUCUGAGAGCAACGGCAAGGUUGGCAUCCCAAGUCAGCUAGUUAUCACAAAAGACAAAGAGUCUUCUACUAUCCCUUAUGAAGUCACCAAAGCUGGGUUGAAGUUGCCUUUAGUUGCGAAACCUCUAGUUGUGGAUGGCACUGCAAAGUCACAUGAAUUAUUUCUUGCUUAUGACGAGUUCUCUCUUUCAGAGCUCGAACCUCCUCUUGUUCUACAAGAGUUUGUGAAUCAUGGCGGUCUUCUCUUUAAGAUCUAUAUUGUUGGGGAAAGCAUAAAGGUUGUGAGGCGUUUCUCCCUUCCUAAUAUCAGUAAACGCGAGCUAUCAAAAGUUGCAGGUGUAUACCGUUUCCCAAGAGUUUCGUGUGCAGCAGCUUCUGCAGACAAUGCUGAUCUAGAUCCUAGUAUUGCUGAACACCCACCAAGAUCUUUGUUGGAAAAGCUUGCAAAGGAGCUUCGACACAGAUUGGGACUUCGUAUGUUCAACGUAGAUAUGAUUCGGGAAUACGGGACCAAGGAUGUGUUUUAUGUCAUUGACAUCAACUAUUUUCCAGGGUUUGGAAAAAUGCCAAACUACGAACCUGUAUUUACGGAUUUUCUACUUAACCUAGUGCAGAACAAGUGUAAGAAGAAACUUACUGCCUAA